AUGGCUUUCAAGACUUGGGUCCAUGAUACGAAUGCUGCCAUCGCCCGCAGCUAUGUUGGCAGAUACUUCCGUUUGGCAGGCUCUGGCCAUCCGGAAGAACGCAAAGGCAGCUAUUUCUUCACUGAACUUCGCGCCGGUUUAGCCACCUUCUUCGCCAUGGCAUACAUCAUCUCCGUCAACGCCAACAUCGUCUCUCAAACAGGCGGCACAUGCAUCUGCCCAUCCGACAGUCCCGAUCUCUGCGCGACCAACCAAGAAUACCUGUUGUGCAAGCAGGGCAUCAAUCGGGAUCUGGUCACCGCGACUGCUGCCAUUUCCGCGCUCACUUCGUUCUGCAUGGGCCUGUUCGCCAACAUGCCUAUCGGCAUCGCCACUGGCAUGGGAACCAAUGCGUAUUUCGCCUACAAUGUGGUCGGCUACCAUGGAUCCGGAGGUGUGCCAUAUCGCGUUGCUCUCACUGCUGUCUUCGGCGAAGGUCUUGUUUUCGUUGCUUUGACCGUGCUCGGCAUGAGACAAUGGCUCGCUCGUGCGAUUCCGCGAUCUCUCAAGAUGGCCACUGGAGUUGGUAUUGGCCUGUAUCUGACCUUGAUCGGCUUGACGUACUCUGCUGGUAUUGGCCUGGUAACCGGAGCACAGUCGACGCCACUUGAGCUCGCUGGUUGCGUUCAGUCAGCGUUCACAGAAGAAGGUACCUGUCCGUCGGGAGAGAAGAUGCGGAAUCCUACCAUGUGGAUCGGUAUCUUCUGUGGCGGAUUCCUGGCCGUCUUCUUGAUGCUCUUCCGCUUCAAAGGUGCCAUCAUCGCGGGCAUCUUGCUGGUCGCUAUUAUCUCGUGGCCUCGCGGUACUGCCGUUACCUACUUUCCAUACACCGAGCUCGGCGAUUCGCAGUGGGACUUCUUCAAACAGAUUGUAACGUUUCGUCCGAUACGGAAUACGCUCGUUGCGCAGGACUGGUCGGUCGGAGCUCAUGGAGGUCAAUUCGCGAUCGCCUUCUUCACAUUCUUGUACGUUGAUAUCCUCGACUGUACGGGCUGUCUCUACGCCAUGGCAGGAAUGUGCGGCCUUGUGGACGAAGAGACACAAGACUUCGAAGGGUCUGCAACUGCCUAUCUGGUCGAUGCAUUCGGCAUCUCAAUCAGCUCUCUGUUCGGUAAUCCCCCGGUCACAGCCUUCAUCGAGUCUGGAGCAGGCAUUUCGGAAGGCGGCAAGACUGGUAUUGCCGGCAUGGUCACUGGUCUCUGCUUCUUCAUCAGCGUCUUCUUCGCGCCAAUUUUCGCAUCUAUCCCACCAUGGGCCACUGGUGCAACGCUCAUUAUUGUGGGAGCUUUGAUGGCGAAAGCAGCUACUGACAUCAACUGGAAGUACAUCGGCGACGCCAUUCCAGCAUUCCUCACGAUCGCCUUGAUGCCUUUCACCUACAGUAUCGCAUAUGGUCUCAUCGGUGGUAUCGUCUCAUACAUUGUGAUCAACACCACCGUCUGGAUCAUCGAGAAGAUCUCCGGCGAUCGCAUCAGACCUUACAACAUCGAAGACAAGGAGUUCUGGACAUACAGACUGCCCGGCGGAGUGCUCCCGGGCUGGCUCAAACGCGCAGCUCGCGGUAAGAAGGACUUUUGGCAUCAUGAAGAGGCCAUUGCUGUUCAGGAAAGCAGGAAAUCCACAUCAGAUCGCAAGGUCGCUGCACAUGAGCUGAAUGAAGUGCAGCAUGAUCGCAGCAGCGGUAGCAGCGUUGAGCGAGAGAGGCGAAACAGUGCCGCGGAGGUGGCAUUGGACGGGAGCGGUUUCACAAAGUUGCAAUAG